AUGAGAAAUGUAAAGAAGGCUUUCGCUGCUGCAUCAAAUUGUUUUCUGAGGUUUUCCCAAAACAACAUCACGCAUAGCCAUCUGAGAAAGACUAUUUCUACAGUCCAGUUCCUCUUCACCUAUUCCUCAAUGAUCAGCAGGAGGGGUCCCAUCACGAGGGCGCCCCGACAACGGUCCUCCCAGCGAAGCCAAACGCCUCAAAAUGGAACACCUGGAAAUGUCUUUUGCCAAGGCCAAGCACGACUUGGAAUUCUUUUGCAGGGAGAACAGAGAACCCCCCUCGUUACUCCCGAUGCCCAUUCCAAAGGCAGUGACUUAGAACAGGCUCCCUCCGCUGAUGCAGAUGGCGGUUGUUGUCCAUCUUGUGGUCGCGGCACAUCUGACGUAGGCCUCGGAAACGUGCCUGAGACCUCACCUAUCCCUGACGCCCUCCUUUCCAACAUUUUCAAGGUGCGCAAUGAAGCUGGCGAAGCUGCAACAAAGUACAUUAACGAGCGUAUCCGAAAGGAUAAGGGAUGUACAAGAGUCUCUUCCUCUCUGAAUGCAGACCUUCCGGAGGAAUUUCGUCGUAUCUGGCGAAACGAGGGCCGUGGUCCCGAUUUCGUGACUGACGAGCCGCUCGAGCGCGCUGCAUCUGUGUCGCCAAGAGCAUGA